GAUUCAGACCAAACUUUCUUUGAUUCCCUACUUGACGGGUAUGACUAUGUCUGCCCGAAGGAUGGUUGGAACUUAAAGAGUUCGGAUGAACUUUUCGUAAGUGAUGACGAGGACUCUUUCAUGGGGGAAGGUACGGUUGUAAUCAUUCAGCCACAAAUAGAUAGUCAGCCUAUUGAAGACAAGGAAGAAUUCAAUAACGCUAUGAAGGCCAACGAUGUGGAUCAACUAAGGAGACUUACGCCACCGCCCGUCUAUCUAGAGUCUCCUCCUUUUAUCCUGUUGCCGCCAAGCCGCAGGGACGAGUCAAGGAUCCUGGACCUUGACCGAGCAAAGAUUCAAACAAGGUGGCAUCAGAAGAGAGUCAGAAGGGCCAAACUUUAUGACUCUCGGAUCGGAAAGUCGCGGAAAAAGUGGAUGCCUCAUCGUCCUUCUUACCCUACUGUGGACCGUAAUGAGGUCCAACUGAUUGAUGCUGCUUCUAGGACGAGGUUCGGUGAGUGGGGACACUCACGGGUGUUACACGAGUCGGUGUGUCUGGCUCAGGAUACACUGACGGACUAUGGCUAUGCAGAGGAGAUGGAGGAGCUGCUUGAGGGGACCAGAUGGCAGCGCUUGUUUAAGAUGAGGGCAGAGUCUAGCCUACCACUGACCAUCGAGUUCUUAUGCUCGAUAUCUGCUGUCCCGGAGAUUGAGUCACGACAGAUGACUCAUAGUUUGAUCACUACUGAUACCACGUUUGCCUUCACUCUUGCGGGCCAGUCGUUUCAGUUGACAGUGAGAGAGAUGGCUAUUCGUCUCGGGAUCUACACCCAGGAGGAGACCGAGCAGCCUGAGUUCUACGACGAUCCCUUUUGUCUUCUCGCAGAUUUUGAUGCUAUAGCUUUCUGGAGGGAGCACUCAUCUGACGACAAGGAGUUCGUGAACAAGAAGAGUAAGGCACGCUACUGGAUUCGGCCUAGCUGGAGGAUCCUAUCUUUUGUUCUUUCGACAUCCUUUUUUGGGAGGCCGUCGAACACUGAUAGGGUCUAUGAGGAAGAUAUGUUUGUCUUCUGGAGCUUGCACGACCGCCAGCCGGCGAACGUGGCUGUGUACCUGGCCAGAUUCUUAUACUCCCAGUCCUACGGGUGUAGAACGCACUUGGUUUGUGGGUUUGUGAUUACUUUGCUCUUUCGCUCCCUCGUGGGGGACGCACCCAUCCCACAGCCUGUGCAGUUGAUGAGGGAUUUAGAUGUCGGCAUGCUCCGGAAUGCUCACAUCCACCGGAGACUCUUUCCUAGCUCUUCCGAGAGCACUACGGCCUCUACUGGCCGCACUUCACAUGAGAUUGGAGAGUCAUCCGGUCAGUCAGAGAGAUCGUCUCAGCGCCUUCCUCGUCGACGACCUACCAGAGCACAGUUGGCUCGUGCUCAGACGGAGGUAGCACCGGCAUGGGCCCAGCAGCUCUUACAGAACCAGAACACACUUAUGCAGUCCGUUGCGGCACUCCAGCAGCAGGUGCAUGGUUUAGACAGGAUACGUGAGGCAUUGGGUUUCGAAAACCCGACAAACCUCCCUCCGCGUCAGCAGCAGCCCAGAGAUGACGAUCCCUCCACCUCUCGGCCUCCGCAGUGAUCUCCUACUUUCUUCAGAACUUUUUUAUCUUAUUUGAGCUGGAAUUGAUGACUUGACUGGUUUAUUUGGAUUCCUGUUUGACUUCUCCUGGUAAACUUUUAUGGUUAUGCUUAUUUACUAUUUCAAUCAUCAUUUUGAAUAUGUUACAUAUGCAACCAUCUUAGUCAUCAUAUCCUUGGUAUUUCAACCAAAAACUCUACUCUGAAACACUUUUUUUGCCGCGAGGACGCGGUUCCGUUCAAGUGUGAGGAGAAUGUGAAUUAUUGGUUGAAAUAUUCUGGGUUAGAAUUGUUUGGUUUGCAUAUUUGUAGGUAAAGAUUUUAUAAGUAUGGUCAUCAACUCUUUUGUUUAAAUAAUUAAGUUUUUAGUUAUCACCCAUAAAAACUGGGAAUUUUU